UAAACUUUAAGAGAUAAACCAUAAACCGGAAAUAAAGCUAUUUAACCGAAUCAAACCGACUUAAAUCGAUUUAACCGGAUAAUCUAAGGUCUAAAAUAAUGAGACUGUCACUGAAGUUUGUAGAUACGGCGAGGUUGUGGCCGGAGAAAUUCGAGAGGAAGAAGCAAUGAAGAGUGACUUCCUCACUUCAACAACACACUUCAAUCCUUCAAUAUUCCUUCCCAAAAUACCCUCAAGAAACUCUAGGAUCUCAAUAAAGUCAUCAUCUUCUUCUUCCAAAGUCCGACCCGACCCGUGGUCACUCAGCGACGGUAACCCGGAAAAACCAAAACCGAGAUACGAGAGACCGAAGCAUCCAUUAUCAGACGACGACGCUCGACGAAUCAUAAAGAAGAAAGCACAAUACUUAAGCACGUUAAGAAGGAACCAAGGCUCACAAGCAAUGACUCCCAAAUGGAUAAAGCGAACUCCAGAGCAAAUGGUUCAGUAUUUGGAAGAUGAUCGGAAUGGUCAGAUGUAUGGGAAACAUGUGGUGGCUGCGAUUAAGACGGUGAGAGGUUUGUCACAGAGAAGACAAGGUAGUGAUGAUAUGAGAUUUGUGAUGAGUAGCUUUGUAGCGAAGUUGAGUUUUAGAGAUAUGUGUGUUGUUUUGAAAGAACAGAGAGGUUGGAGACAAGUUAGAGACUUUUUCUCUUGGAUGAAAUUGCAGGUUUGAUUCUCUUCUUAAAGCUUUGAUCUUGAUCUUGAUUCUGUUGUUUAAUGAAGUUUUGGUGAUAGGUUUUUGUGUUAAACAGUUGAGUUAUCGUCCGAGUGUGGUUGUGUAUACGAUUGUUCUUCGUUUAUAUGGACAAGUUGGGAAGAUAAAGAUGGCUGAGGAGACUUUUUUAGAAAUGCUUGAAGUUGGAUGUGAACCAGAUGCUGUAGCUUGUGGUACAAUGUUGUGUACUUAUGCUAGAUGGGGACGUCAUAGUGCUAUGUUGACGUUUUACAAAGCUGUUCAAGAAAGGCGGAUACUUUUGUCGACUUCUGUGUAUAAUUUCAUGCUGUCGUCUCUUCAGAAGAAAUCUUUUCAUGGUAAAGUGAUAGAUUUGUGGUUAGAAAUGGUGGAGGAAGGUGUGCCUCCGAAUGAAUUCACGUAUACGUUAGUUGUGAGCUCUUAUGCUAAACAGGGUUUUAAGGAGGAGGCGUUGAAGGCUUUUGGUGAGAUGAAGAGUUUGGGGUUUGUCCCCGAGGAAGUGACUUACAGCUCGGUUAUUAGUUUAAGUGUGAAGGCUGGUGAUUGGGAGAAGGCUAUUGGAUUGUAUGAGGAUAUGAGAUCUCAGGGAAUCGUUCCGAGUAACUAUACUUGUGCUACUAUGUUAAGUUUAUAUUACAAAACGGAGAACUACCCGAAAGCGCUCUCUCUCUUUGCAGACAUGGAAAGAAAUAAGAUUCCAGCUGAUGAGGUCAUCCGCGGGUUGAUCAUCAGAAUAUAUGGGAAGCUCGGACUUUUCCAUGAUGCACAGAGUAUGUUUGAAGAGACUGAACGCCUGAAUUUACUGGCUGAUGAGAAAACAUAUCUGGCAAUGUCUCAAGUUCAUUUGAAUUCGGGAAAUGUUGUCAAAGCAUUAGAUGUAAUUGAAAUGAUGAAGACAAGAGAUAUUCCUCUUUCCAGAUUUGCCUAUAUUGUCAUGUUACAGUGUUAUGCUAAGAUACAGAAUGUUGACUGUGCUGAGGAAGCAUUUCGUGCUUUAUCGAAGACUGGACUUCCUGAUGCCAGUUCUUGUAACGACAUGCUUAAUUUGUAUACCAGACUCAAUUUAGGAGAGAAAGCUAAGGGUUUUAUCAAGCAGAUAAUGGUUGAUCAAGUGCACUUUGAUAUAGAGCUUUACAAGACGGCUAUGAGAGUGUAUUGCAAGGAAGGAAUGGUAGCAGAAGCUCAAGAUUUGAUAGUAAAAAUGGGUAGAGAGGCAAGGGUUAAGGAUAACAGAUUUGUUCAGACACUUGCAGAGUCUAUGCAUAUCGUUAACAAGCACGAUAAACAUGAAGCAGUUUUAAACGUGAGUCAACUUGAUGUCAUGGCUCUUGGACUGAUGCUCAAUUUGCGACUGAAAGAGGGAAAUUUGAAUGAGACUAAAGCAAUCUUGAACUUAAUGUUCAAGACUGAUCUUGGUUCAUCGGCAGUAAAUCGAGUCAUAAGUAGCUUUGUGAGAGAAGGUGAUGUAUCUAAAGCAGAAAUGAUUGCCGAUAUAAUUAUCAGACUAGGACUCAGGAUGGAGGAGGAAACAAUCGCGACUUUGAUUGCUGUAUAUGGGAGGCAACAUAAGCUUAAAGAAGCGAAACGGCUUUACCUUGCAGCAGGAGAAUCUAAAACUCCGGGGAAAUCUGUUAUCCGCUCAAUGAUUGAUGCUUAUGUCAGAUGUGGCUGGCUUGAAGAUGCAUAUGGACUCUUUAUGGAAUCAGCAGAAAAGGGCUGUGACCCAGGAGCUGUUACCAUUAGCAUACUUGUGAAUGCUCUAACAAAUCGAGGGAAACACCGAGAAGCAGAACAUAUAUCACGGACCUGCCUUGAAAAAAACAUAGAGCUUGACACCGUUGGCUAUAAUACUCUUAUCAAGGCAAUGCUAGAAGCAGGUAAACUACAAUGUGCAUCUGAAAUUUAUGAGCGGAUGCAUACCUCAGGUGUUCCUUGUUCGAUUCAGACCUACAACACAAUGAUCAGUGUAUAUGGGCGAGGUCUGCAGCUGGACAAAGCAAUUGAGAUUUUUAGUAACGCUCGCAGAUCAGGGUUGUAUCUGGACGAGAAAAUUUACACAAACAUGAUUAUGCAUUAUGGCAAGGGGGGAAAGAUGAGUGAAGCAUUGUCUUUGUUUAGUGAAAUGCAGAAGAAAGGGAUUAAACCUGGAACGCCUAGUUACAACAUGAUGGUCAAAAUAUGUGCAACCAGUAGACUCCAUCACGAGGUUGAUGAACUUUUGCAAGCAAUGGAGAGAAAUGGUCGCUGUACUGACUUAUCCACAUACCUCACCCUGAUUCAAGUCUAUGCUGAGAGUUCACAGUUUGCAGAAGCAGAGAAAACGAUAACUCUUGUUAAAGAGAAAGGCAUCCCGCUAUCUCACAGCCAUUUCAGUUCAUUGCUCUCUGCUCUUGUCAAAGCUGGGAUGAUGGAGGAGGCUGAAAGGACAUACUGCAAGAUGUCUGAAGCCGGUAUAAGUCCAGACAGUGCUUGCAAGCGGACGAUCCUAAAGGGAUAUAUGACUUGUGGUGACGCAGAGAAAGGAAUCUUGUUCUAUGAGAAAAUGAUAAGAAGCUCUGUGGAAGAUGACAGAUUUGUUAGCAGUGUAGUUGAAGAUCUGUAUAAAGCUGUUGGUAAAGAACAAGAUGUAUAAAAUAAAGAAUUUUGAUCUAAGACCUGUUCCACGACAUAAAACCUAAAAGUAUUUCACAUUUAUGACUUUUCUAUCUAGAAAGAUUUGUGUUGUAGCCAAUCUCGAAAAAUGUUCUGGAAAUUAUUGUAUGCCAACAUUUAAAAUACAAUCGUUAUUUUUUGUAACUCAAGUUUAUCAGC